AUGGUUAUAUUCCUCAAAAUAUCCAGGGCUGUUCCAGUUGCAAUUUUAGACAGUGUCACGAUCCCUGCCAGAUCAUGGAUUUUAACAACAAAAUACAAUUUAUUCAAUUAUCCAACCUUCUACCAGAGGGCCGAGAAAGAAAAGGCUAGAGGAUUAAAACUAUUUGAAAAUUAUGAACUGCCACUAUAUAAUGAAACUGGCGCACUUAAAAGUGAUACUACCUGCAUUAAAAGGAACGUAAGUUUGGCAGAAACCCCAUUACCUAUGACAGGUCUGGUCAGUUUCCCUGGAUCAGGAAAUACUUGGACACGGCAUCUAAUUCAACAAAUGACAGGUAUCGGAACUUCCAGUGUAUAUUGUGACUUACAACUGAAGAAAGGAGGGUUUCCAUACGAAUGCUACAAAAAGAGGAACAGGACCGUAGUAAUAAAAACACAUGAACCAAAACACGUUACAAUGUUUACAAAGAUCGUCUUUCUUAUCAGGAACCCGUAUGACGCCAUUCUCUCGUAUACAAAGUUUAAAACAGGAGGACACACGAAGCAUUCAUCAGAGGAAGCGCUUCAGCAAGCACUAGAUGAAUCCUUCGAAGAGGAUCUUAAAAAAUAG